AUGGGGACAAUGUUUAGGUGGUCUGGAGAGCAUCCAAUGUAUGAUAAACCCGAGCUAUGCACUUUAAAACUUCACCAUUUCGAUUUGUUGAAAAAUAGUGUAUAUAAGGGUGGGAAGGUGUGCUUUGCAGACAACUGUGUGGAUGACUAUUUGUCAUUAUUGGAUUUAAAGAAAAUUGGGGCAGAGCUUAGGUAUAAAGUGGAUAUAACCCAUAAGGUGAUGAGCCUAAAAGUGUUUUAUAAGGUGCAUGGAGAAGAUUUUGUUAAUGAGAUCUUAGAUGAUACGUGCAUUGCAAACUUAAUUGGUACCAUUCCAUCAAAUAGAGUUGUUGUGGUGUAUUUUCAUGAUCCAACUGACCAGAACACACUUGGCAGUAUCAAAGAAGAGGUAUGGCCACCAAUGGAUUCUGAGGAGUAUGCAAAUGUAGCUGAAGAGGAACAUAUGCAAGUUGAAUUUGAUGGUAAUGAAGCAAACAAUGAAGAGGUAAAUGUGGAAGUUGAAUCUACUGGUAGUGAAUCUGAAAAUGAAGAAAAAGAUAAGGAUAAAGAGUUAAAGAACAGUGAUUAUGAAUACACUGAAGAUGAGAUGUCAAACAUUGAUCCUGGAAUGACAACAAAAAAGGGAGCAAAUGUUCUACCAAAUGUGGGUGAAGAGGAACCAAAUAUUGAUCCUGAAAUGGUGCCUCCUAAUGAAGAGAGAGGGGCUAUCUCAGAUGAUGGUGAAGACAUUGAUGCACUCCCUUAUAAAGGUGAAACUUCCAAGGGAGAAGAUGAAAAUGGAGAAAACUCAAAGAAGAGAAAAUUACUAAACUUUAAAUAA